AUGUACUUUUCAGAUCCGGAGGCAGCUCGUGAUCCAUACCUGAAGGGAGUAGUUUUUCGUGAGCGUUGGAGCAGCCUUCUUAUCAAAUGUGUGUAUAUUAACGGUACUUUGAAGUGGGAUGAUGCUUUGGCGGCUAAGGCAAUAGUGGAAGCAAUCAGGCCAGAGAGUCAUGGAGAUUAUUUCAUGAUCAGAAACGAAAAGGCUCCUCCCAAAGAGGUAUACAGGACCGCUGGAAGAGGAAGUACGCUUGAUUCGGUUAAACCUUUCGAAAGAAAUGCAGAUGAGCUUCGCCAACCUCCCGAGGGAACAAUCUACGAAUGUAAUGGAAUAUUCGACUUCAAGACAAUGCCACGCGAGAACCUCCUGUAUGUGGCCUGUCUCUAUAAAACCCUCAGCUAA